GUUUGUUAUAAAUUUUAAUGUAACAUUAAUUGAUUCAAGACAUUUGUGUUUGAAAAGACUCAAGUGCGAAAAGUGUUUUUUUUAUUUUUAUUAUUGUUUUUUUUUGUAACAAUGCCGGCGUGUACUAGUGAAAGUUUAACAAAACUCUGGAAUGGUAGUAGUGAUUCAGCAAAUAGUACAUCUCCUUCAUCGCCUGUUUCAACGUCACCCCCAGUAAAAUCACCAGUGAAUACAUUACGUCGGCCGAACAAAGUUUUACGUCGUACACAAUCGACAUCAUCGACAAAUUCGUUUGUUACGGAACCAUUUAUAAUACAAUCUGAUCGACGACAAAUUUUAGCCGCAUCUUCUCAAACUUCAAUUACAUUAAAUAAUGAAGUUGAAGAAGAGAAAAAUUCGUUACUCGUAAAAAUAAUUGGAUGGUAUCCAUUACUUUUACUACGAAUCCUUCGAGUAUUAUUAGUAACGAUUUCUGAUAUAACAAUUGCGAAAAUUUUAUUUACAUUACCAACAUUAUGGAUAACGGCAUGGAUUUGGAUUAUCUGGAAAAUUAUCCAAUUUCCAUUGUUAAUAUUUAAAUGGAUUCUAACAAUCUUUCAUACACCAUUAUCCGAACAAUUUCGAAAGAAACGUACGGUUUUAAUCAGCGGAGGAAGUACAAUACAAGCAUUACAUUUGGCAAGAAAUUUUUAUUCGGCUGGUGUUCGAGUGAUUGUUGUCGAAGUGGAUGGAGUUUUUAGUUUUACAAAAUUCUCCACGGCUGUUAAUCGUUUUUAUACAAUUCCACGUCCAACAGCGGAUAAUCCACAUAGUUAUAUUAAAGCGUUAUGUGAGAUUGUUGAAGCGGAAAAUAUUGCUUUCUAUGUGCCCGUAUGUUCGACAACACCAGCAUACUAUGAUGCAUUAGCGAAACCACAUUUGGAGUUACUUGGAUGUACAUGUUUUGGUCCAGGUCUUAAAGAGGUCUACAUGUUAGAUGAUACUCUGGAAGUUAUGCGCCGUUGUAACAAUAAUUCUAUACCAACUCCAUCAUACUAUCAAGUGUCGUCAAAAGAAGAAGUUUUUCGUCUCUACGAUUCAGGUACCUUUCGAACUGGUCAUUUCAUUAUGUAUACAGCUGGACCAAAUGCGGUACGAGAACGUGCGAAAUAUGUGUUGCCAAUCAGUAAGAAUGAUUUUAAAUUACCAUACGAGAUAAGCGAAAGUAAACCUUGGAUUAUUAUCCAUAAUGUACCCGGUGAAUAUUUUAUAACUUGUACAACAAUCAAAGAAUCCCAAGUCAUUGCAAAUGUUACAUGUCGAGUUGAUAAACAUAAUAAUGGUUUAGUACCCACGGAGAAUCAAGAAAUUACGAAAUGGUUGGUGAAUUAUUUUAAAAAUCUUCGUAUGUUACGACCCAUUUCUGGUCAUAUAAGUUUUCGAUUUGUGGUAACUGAAAUCACCAAUCAAAUCUUACCAUUAGGUUGUCGAAUCGGCGUUUCAUUACCAUAUAUAUGCCACACAAGUGUACAUCCACGCGUUCUAUGGAAACCAUGUAAACACUUUAGUCGACAAUCUUCUGGUCCGUUAGUUGUAAAAUCUGGACGGUAUUGGAUGCCAGAAACUAUUUUAAAUACAUUACGUCAUCCAAGUGUGGAAACUGUUGGUCGAUUAAUUAAUACCGUGCUCGAUAAACGGGAAGCGUUGUUUGUUUUCUGGGAUCCAUUACCGUAUUGCGCCUAUUAUCAUAUACAAUUACCAUUUAAAAAUAUUCUUGGAUUUGUUCAAAGGCGACGAGCGGGGGGUAAUCAUUUAUUUAGUAGAACGAUAGCGGCACCAGUUCAUUAAAGUUUAUGUUUACAAAUCAAGUUCCUAUCAAUUUAAAUUAAAAUGGCUGUUUUCCAGUUUUGAUUCGUUGUUGUUGGACUUUGGGAUCAUAUCACAAAAUGUACACAUCUCAUGUACAAAUCUGUGUUUUAUUGUGUGUGAUAUUAGAGAUAGAACUUUCGAUCCGAAUAAGUUGUUGGUUUAUAAAGGUCGUUUAUCUGUUUCGUGUAAAUUGGUAAAUACCUUUUUGGAUAGAAUUAUAUUGUUGAUUGUUUAGGAGAGGGAAUACAAAGACUUGUAAUUGAAAUAAAUACUUUUUAUUUGAAUGAACUCAA